UCCCAAGAGCCCAUGACUAUGAAAUUUCUGGUCCACAUGCAGAACCAUCUUCAGUUGAUCAACAUCCAUCUUGAAUUCUGGCCACUGGAACUGGAUAUAGUAUUCCAGCAGCGAUCGCAUCGGUGCCAAAUACUAAGGUACAAAUGCCACUUACCCUGCACGAGCAGCCCUUAUUGCUACCUCUGCCAGGGCCUCCUGCUGACAGACCAGCGCAGGAUCCAGCUAGGCAGCAGAGCCUCCGGCCCCUUCCUGACAGAAUCCUGGGCUGCCGGACGGAGGCACCGGCUCUGACCUCUGCUCCAUCGGCUGGCUUGUCUUUGUGCUGUCUCUAGCUCUGGGCUUUGCUCUUCCUCAAGGCUUGCCGGUUCCUCAGAAGAUGCUCGCUCCAGGGCUAAGCCGGUUAGUAGAUCCCUCUCUCCCUCCUCUCCUAACUGACAUCCCCGAGGCAAGGGUUAGCCUGCUGUACAGCGUGGACUCCUGUCUGCAGCUGGCAGCCAGGCAGAACAUCAACCUCAUCCUGCAGCACUACAAUUACACAGGGAAGCUGGGCAGACGACGGCCCCAGGAGGACAGGAUGGGCCUCCUCAAGGUGGCCUUCAUCACCAUUAGCUGCCUCAUCAUAGUGGAGAACUUGCUGGUGCUGAUAGCCAUCGUGAGGAGCCUGCGUGCCCGCCGGUGGGUCUACUGCUGCAUCGCCAGCAUCACAGUGAGCGACCUGCUGGCCGGGGUGGCCUAUAUCUUCAACAUCUGCCUGUCGGGCAGCAGGACCUUCCAGCUGAGGCUGGAGCUGUGGUUCUUCCGGGAGGGCAUCCUCUUCAUCGCGCUGGCCGCCUCCACCUUCAGCCUGCUGGUGACGGCCGUCGAGCGCUACAGCACCAUGGUGAGACCCAUUGCUGAGAACGAGGGCAGCAAGACCUUACGCCUGCGCAUUCUCAUCAUCUCCUGCUGGGCCUUGGCCAUCCUCAUUGGGAUGCUGCCCCUGCUGGGCUGGAACUGCCUGUGCGACUUCCCCAGCUGCUCCACCCUCCUGCCCCUCUACUCCAAGAACUACGUCCUCUUCUGUGUGGUCAUGUUCAGUAUGAUUCUGCUGGGCAUCAUCGGCCUCUAUGCCUCCAUCUACCACCUGGUCCGGGCCAACUCCCAGCAGACCAUCACCCGCCACAGCCGCAAUAGGUCCCUGCGGCUGCUCAAGACUGUCCUGAUGAUCCUGGGGGCUUUCAUUCUCUGCUGGAGCCCGCUCUUUGCCUUGCUGCUCCUUGACGUCUUCUGCGAGUCCCAGACCUGCAAGCCCCUGCAGGGCAUGGACUGGGCCCUGGCCCUGGCAUUGCUCAACUCAGCCAUCAACCCCCUCAUCUACUCCUUCCGCAGCCUGGAGGUGCGCCGGGCCGUGCUGUGCUUCGUCUGCUGCUGCUGCAUCCGCCUCGGGCUCCAUGGGCCCGGGGACUGCUUGCUCAUGGCAGAUAUCAACUCGGGAUCCUCGACCGAAAGCUCCCUGCGGACUCGUGAGAGCUUCCGCCGCUCUGUGGCGCUCAACGCCCGGGCUCGGCCUAGGGAGCCUCUCUCCAGCAACUCCAGCAUGAUGAGCAACCUUCCCAGUAAGUGAGGGGACAGCGGCAGGCUCCAGGAGGGGUUCUGCCCAUGGGGACUUGCCCUCAUGGCCAGGACUGGCUGUCAGGAGUAAGGUCCAGCAGCUGCUCCCGCUCGGGCUCCUGAUAGCCUCAUGGGAACAGGUGGCCCUGAUUGACUGAAGAAGCUAGCAAGCUUGCUCUUAAGCCCAGAAGCAGCAGCAGAAAUUAUGAUGGCUGCUCAAAACAUUUCCCACAGCUUUUGCCCUGCCUGCCCUCCCUCCAGAUAACCUGGUUCUGACCCUCGGCUCUGAUUCCUGGCUGCUGAAUCUGAUUCCGAUCCUGGGCUUUGACUCCAGCUGUGACCCUUGGGUCUGGCCUCUGACUCCAGCUGCUCUAACCACUAGGCAUGGCCACCCAUAUAUCCUGGUCCCUGACACUGGGCACUUGCUUUGAGAAGAAGGACGGGGGAGGGGCAUAAAAGAGACGACUGCAGAGAACUGGAUGUCGGUGCAUCCGGUGCCAGAAGGAAUAUGACUCCCCUAAGACUUGGGUUCAGCACAGCCUAAGGUUGAGCAGGGAAGUAAGCUCAGGGCUGCUGUAUGUGACUGAGGCAAAGUCAUUCCUCUUCCAAUGCAUGUCUCAGCAAGUACUGGCCAGGCUAUUGUUUCAGUGUGUCUGGGGUGUGCAUGGAGUUCUGGGCUGGACGCUGCGUCUGGAUGUAGGCUGUGCCCACAGUUAUGGGGUGGGCACUGCUCCAGGCUUUGGUGCACAAAGUGCAGCCCCAGGGCUGAGGGGCAGCUUGCUUGCUCGCAGACUGUGGCGAGCGGUGACUCUCCCUCCCUGCGAUGCAGCUGAUGAACCAUGGACGUUCGACCCCUGGGGAGCGAAGCCAUCCAGCGAUUCCCAUCCCUGGCUUGCCAGGCCGAUGCAGCCCCGCAGCGAGAGCCCAGCCGACCUGGCAGGGCGUUUGAAUGAAAUGGAUCAGCUGCUUAGGUGCAGCCAGUGAAUCUGCGAGUGGGACAGGGUUAACCACCUCUAGUGGGGGCAUAUCUGCAACCACUGGCCUGACUCCAUUCCUGUGGGCCUGGUGCUGCGCCAGGGCAUAUGGUGAAUGUGUCACAGCCCUGGCAGCAGUGGCUUACAGGCCUGCUGUGCCUCUGGCCCACGGCAUAGGGCCUGUCUGCAAUUAGGGGCCUGACAGUGUUCCAGGCUGGAUGGGCUGCCCGCCACGCUGGAUGGCACCGAUCCAGGGGGUGGGUGCAGCUGUCACUUGAAAGGUCCAGCUCAGGGCGGGCCCCUUUCGGGAGGUCGGGCACUCUUCCAGCACAUCGGCCAGCCUGGCACCGCUCAGCUAUCCCUGUGGCGAAGGGCUAGCCCUGGUCAGGGCAGAGGAGCUGGCUCCAGGUGCAGAACUGCGCCGGCCGGGCAGGGCACUUACUCCCUGGGACUUCCAUGGGCUUUGGGUCGGGCACUUAGGGACGCGGCUCCAUUUCCCCUUCCUCUCCAACCUGGUAUGGAAAUGACAGCGAGUGCAACGCUGCAUCUUAUCUUUUGCAAACAGGGUUUUGCAACAGGCAACUUACACCAUUGCACCAAGGGACCGGGUGUGUGUGUGUGUGAAUCUGUGCCCCAAACCCUGCGAUACAUUGUGUAGGGCAAGGAUUCCCAGGAAAGAGAGAGGCAUUUAUGGGCCCCUUCCUGAGGACUUUACUCAACCCCCCUGAAGUCAAUAGGAAUUUGCAUGAAAGAAGCAAUACAAGAUUUUCUCAGGUAUGAAUUUAAUCUCCCAAUAGGCCAGUCCCCAACCUACAGAGGGGAAACUGAGGCCCCAGGAUCAAAGCUGGGGAUUGAACCCUGGAGUCCUGACUCCUACUCCCAGGUUUGAGCCUUAUGACAGUGAGGAAGCUGGAGAUUGCAUUAGCCUCCCGGCUGCCUUGGUGUCUUGACUGGCCCAUUGAGAGUGGCAUAAUGGUGCUCCCUCCUCUAAGCCUGUGGGCAUCUCUCUGCCCAUUCGGCCAUCACCUGGGACUCUGGCCCUGAUGGUUCAGCUGGGGCCUUGCUGGUACCUGUGGCAGGGAAAGAGUGUUGCCACGUGGAUAUAGCAUCAUGGGAUGUGGCUGGCAGGGGCGUGGCAGUGCUAGGCAGUGCGGCAGCAAAGGGUGGGCAUGUGUCAUCACUCCGCAAGGGAACGGCAGAGCUGGUGGCCCUUGUGGCUGGCUGUGGCAGGAAUGCAACAAGGCUGGACAGGUGGGGUGGCCCUGGCAGCACCGGGUGGGCGUAAUGGCCGUACGACUGUACUGAAUGGGUGGGCAGAUCCAAAGCAGGUGGCGAUGCUGGAAGGGGAGUGGUCGGGGUGGCUGGGUCUCAGGGGGUUUUGGCAAUGCUCGACGGCUGUCGUGGGGCUUGCUUGGGUGCACUAGCUCAGGAUGGCUGUGGCAGAGGGGCAUGGAGGGCUAGAGCGGGCUACUGGAGAGAUGCCAGGGGCCCUGGCUGGCUGCAUGCAGCAAGGGUCCACCAUGCAAGCGGACAUGCUGAAGGAUGCCGCGGGGGGUGUUGUCUCCCCGUUUGGUGCUGAUGUGGGAGAGGGUUCUGGAGCAAGAAAGCAAGGCUUUGGUGUGGUACUAGUGGGCAGAGAGUUCUGUUCUGCAUUGCUCCAGCAAAGCAAGGUGGAACUGCGCCUUCUUGUAGCUACUAUGAGAAGCAAUGUGCAAGGGGGGGGGAUGCAUUUCUUUGGGGGAGAACUGUCUUUCUUAUUUUCCAUUCCCUGUUGGAAAUGAAAGAGGAACCAGCUAACCUUGCUCGACCAUAGAGGCUGAGAGCAUCUCCACUGCCAAAGAAGGCCAAGUUCCUGGUGAACAUCACUGUAGCAUGAAAAGCAGAGUCUCCUCCUUGCGUGUGACUUGAUACACGGCUCUGAGGGCUGCUCUCAGGAGACUCCAGCUGGGCUGAGCCUUCUCUAGCGAAAGAGGAGCAGGGGUUUUGUAAGUCCACUUCUUCUGCAAUAAACUUUUUUUACAAGAAAGUCACUCGUUUGGCAACACCUCCUUCCGUUCUCCUCUCAUCAGUUGAACAGCACAUCCCACAGGAGAGGUUCUGACGUAGUAGGGGGAAGUGAAUUCGGUGCUGGUGAAAGGUACCACUGACUUCCUGUGUCACCUUGGGCAAGUCACCGGGGGAGGGGAGGGCAAAUUUUUCCAAAGAUUUCCUGGGCAGAUUUUCAAGCACCCUCCGGAGAGGCAGGGUUUUCAACCCCCCUCCACUACCAACUCCAGGCUCCCCCUGUGAUGUUUUUGGGCAGGUUUUUCAAAGAGUUUGGAGCUCAACUUGCCUUUGAAAAUGGGAUCACUUAUUUUGGUGCCUAAAUGAGAGCUGAGCCCAUCUGAAGGUGGGCUCUAGGGGGUAUCUUCAGAAACAUUUAGCAUCCAUCUAACUCAUCUUAGGCCAGUGCUGGGUCCUUUGGAAAAGACACUCCUGACUCUCUCUGGGCCUCGGUUUCCCAUCUGUAAAAUGGGGAUCAUACUCCUUCCUUUCUCCCACCCUUUGUUUGUCUUCUCUAUUUAGGCUGCAAGCUGUUUUUGGCUGAGACCCUCCCUCCUUAUGUGUCUGCACAGUGCUCAGUGCAAUGGGAAACUGAUCUCCACUGGAUUCUAGAGAUGCAAAGAAUAAUCCCUCCUGCAAUAACACCUUCAUGUAUUUAUGAAGCACCCGCGAUGCAGAGCAUGAAGGAGAUACCCUACCCUACCUUUCCCUAAUGUCUUUCAUCUGCGGCGUUAGUUAAGCCUCACAAGCCCCCUGCGCCGCAGGGAAGUAUUAAACCCCAUUCUACAGAGAAACUGAGGCAGAGAGAGAGGCGCUAAAUUUAAGGUCACACAGAGUAUCAGUGGCAGAGCAGGGACUGGAACCCAGGACUCCUGACAGCCUCUCGCUAACCAUUAGAUGAGAUGGCCUUUCAUGGGACAAAUCCUCCAGUGCCCAGGGCUAUAGAAGGACACAGGAUUAUCCUAUUGCUAACUGAGCUGAGAAAGCCCUUGGGUGGGUCUGGACUUGAGUUAAUACAAAGUUCCCAGCCAAACCACCUAAAACUCACCUGGUUCUGGCUUCUGUUGCAAACUUGGAGCUCUGGAAAGGGUCACCAAAGCCCAGGGAUCAUAUGGGGAAAUCUGGGAUGGUUUUAUGGCUUCCCGUGCAAACCACAUGAUGGCUUCACUCACUAGUUGUGCUUUGAAGAACCAGCACCUGAAACUUGGAGGGGCAGGAUACCAACCUGGCAGCGCUGCUGUUCCCACCCCACCUCCCUUGAGGUGCUGCUCAGAUCUGGCCCUUGGCUGAGGAGUCAAACCCACCAUGUGGAUUGUAAGGGCAGGAGAGGAACCUCCGUCCAUCAUAUUCCUCAGCAUGUCAGAGAACCUAAAUUUUCAACUUUGAGGCUCAGUGGCCUUUGGUGCCCCCUUGUGGGAUUGGUCUAGAAUCAUUGAACCGUCAGGCUGGAAGGGACCGUGAGAAGUCAUCACCCCCAGCAGCCCUGCGCUGAGGCAGGACCAAGUAAACCUAGGCCAUGCCUGACAGGGCUUUUUCCAACCUGCUCUUAAAAAUCUCCCAUGAAGGGGAUUCCACAACCUCCCUGUUCCAGAGCUUAACUACCCAUAGCGUUAGAAAGCUUUUCCUAAGAUCUAACCUAAAUCUCCCUUGCUGCAGAAUAAGAUUAAGCCCGUUACUUCUUGUCCUACCUUCAGACAUGGAGAAUAAUUGAUCACCGGCCUUCCUACAACCUUUAACAUCUGAAGACUGUUAGCAGCUGCUCCCUCUGUCUUCUUUUCUCAAGACUAAACAUGCCCAGGUGUUUUUUUUAACCUUUCCUUAUAGGUCGGGGUUUCUAAACCUUUGAUCGCUUUUGUUGCUCUCCUCUGGACAUUCUUCAAUUUGUGCACAUCUUUCUCAAAGUGCGGUGUCCAGAACGGGACAACUGCCUCUUGUGUCUUAUAUGCAACCCUUUUCAUAACCACAUCACACUGUUGACCCAUCUGCUUUUUGUGAUCCACUGUAACCCCCAGAUCGAUUUCAGCAGCAGGACCACCUAGACAGUUAUUUCUUAUUUGGUAACUGUGCAUUCGAUUUUUUUCCCCCUUCUCAAAUGAAGCACUUUUUUACUUGGCUUUAUUGGGUUUCAGUGGGCUGAUUUUAGACCUGUUCUCUAAGAUCGCGUCUACACUUGAAAUGCUAUAGCUGUGCUGUUGUAGUUCUUCAAUGUAGACACUAUUUAUGUGGAUGAGAGAGGUUCUCCCAUCAGUGUGGGUAAUCCACCUCCCUAAGUGAUGGUAGCUAGGUUGGUGAAAGAAUUCUUCCAUCAACCUAGGGCUGUCUAUAUUGCGGGUUAGGCUGGCAUCGCUGCUUCUCCCGGGGCUGUGGGUUUUUCACACCUCUGAUUGAUGUAGUUAAGCCAACGUAAUUUUCUAAUGUAGAUCAGGCCUAAUAUAGUCCCUCUGGAAGCUCCCUAAACCCUCUUCUGGUGCAAAAGCUCCGUGGAGUGGCAGUUCCGGGGCCCAGGCACCUGGAAGGCGGGUGGCCCCUCAGCUGCAUAGCCACACUCAGUCUGCUCUUUCAGAGGACAAAGGACUGGAACAAAGGACACUGGGCCCAGUCGCAAUUAUUGCAGGCAACCCCUUCCUAUAAUCCUGUUCAAAAACGUAUCGAGCUCCACUUUUAAACUAGUCAGGUUGUUUGCCCCUGCUACUUUACUGGGAGGUUGUGACAGAGCCUCCCUCCUCUGAUGGUUGGAAAUCUUCACACACACACAGCUGGGCAGGAAUAGACCUCAGAUUCUCUUUUUCCAACAGACAUUCCUCCUCCCCUGCUUGCAGUAAAGGAGAGAAUCUCCAUUUAGCCCAUAGCAGUUUAGGGCACAUGACUUGCGGUUGGGCAGUUCUGAUCCCACCCAGUAGUGGGCUGGUGCUGGGGGAUCUGUGCCCCAGAAGUGAGAGGGGAGGGUCUGGUUACUGUUGGUUGUUUGAUGCUCUGAGAUCUUUUCUAUGCCUCGGUAAGUGGUGUCAUUUUGAAUCAUUGGCAAAUCCAGCAGGUGAAAAGUGCGUGAGCAUCAAGGCUGCCCAUGUUUGUAUGACAGGGUGUCUCAGGAACAGCUCUGGAUCUGGAUCAGGGCUGUGAGAACGGAACUCUCAGCUUCACUUCAAAAGGAUCUGUGAAGAGGGAGCCCUGUAGUGCAAACAGAAGGGCCCUCAAUAAUAAUACAGAUGCUCUCUGUCUGACUGGUGCAUCACUGCCCUCUACAGGGUAGAAUCAGAACUGCCUACCUGUGUUUCAUAAGCUCUACACUGCGACAGCUGAGGAAGAUUUUCUGUUCACUCAGGUGGAAGGCUGGUUUUUGCAGGAGGGGGCUUUGGAGUUUCAUCCGUGGGGUCACCGUUAUGUUCUCAGUGGUUGGGGCACACCGUGUAGUCACAGCCAUGCACUCAAGGCAUGGCAAUGAACUUGUAUCACAUCCUACAGGGAUGAAACCAUUCGUCGCUCAUCCCUUUUCUUAACCGCAAAAAUGACAAAACAGCAACCACUCUGCAAAGACCAAGUGUGGGUCUGUUUCAAUGCCCUGGGUGGCUCUCACCCAUUUCCUAGCAGCCAGGCAAAAAGACCCCCGUCACUGUUGGCCUCUUUGGUGGUAUUAUCGGCAGAGUAGCCAAUGAGUGAUAAUAACAGUUACCUCCUUUUGCCAUAGACCCCAAAGCACUUCACAAAGGCCAGUCCCAUUAUCCCCAUUUCACAGAUGGGUGAAGUAAGCCACCGAGAGAGAAAGCAGCUUGUCCAAGCUCAGCCAGCAGCAGAGUCAGGAAUGGAAUCCAGAUCUCCUGAGUCACAAUCUGCUGCCCUGUCCAGUAGGUCACACUAUCAAUGGGUCUGUGAAACAGAGCUCCCCACUUACACGAGAGUCGGGAGGGUCCCUCCAGGUCAGGACUGAAGCAGGCAGGCUGUGGGGGGGUGGGGGGGAUUUUUCCCUGGAUUUGGCAUCCUUUCUCAGUCACACUUUCUAUUAGGGUUCCAUAUAUAAAGGACUAGGAAAUGAUCACUAGCUGUUACAAGCAUGUGCCAGUCAUACGCAUUCUAGACAGUUGUAAACCCAUCUGCAGAAGGUGUUAAAGAUGGUUGUAAACUGUGCUUGUCACUAACCUAUUGGACUCUAUGACAAUCUAUAACCGUUGAUUAACCAUUUAUGAAAGCUGCUAUUAACCCUCAAUUAACUAUUUAUCAAGGUACUCUUCCUAUAAGCAUGACUUUUUCCUCCAGCUGCAAAGGUACACGAGAAAGUGACCAAUAAAUAAAUAAAAGCUGUUUCCUUUCUCCCCGUCUCAGUGAAGAGAGGUCACCUCUGCCGCUUGGAUGGAUCAGGCUCCGCAACACGCGAUACCCACAGCAGGCACAAUGACAGCAGCCGGAUUGUUGGGCUAAUCAGUUCUGUGGCUGGCUGAGUUGACCCUGGGGGCUUUAUAAUACCCAUUGUGUGGCUGGUGCAUGAGAAGUGAUCUCCUGCUGCUUUAUAUAUCCUGGACCCCUUACAAACCCAGAUUAUAGAGUCGUGUUUUAGAUUCCCCCUCUUUAAAAUGGGGACCUCUCACAGGGAUGGUUAAUUCACUAAAAGGGUCAAGUCUUAAGUUUUUGACUCAGGCAAACUACAAUUGACUUCCACCUAGGCUAAGAAUUAGUAACUGGUGAUCUGCUUUGGUUUUUUAACCAGAUUACAUUAGCAGCUGGGAUCCCUGGAAAGAAACUACAGCAAAAUCUGAUUUGAGUGACUACUCAAGGGACUGACAAAAAUCAGCUGUUUAAAUAAAACUGGCACGUUAAAUCUC